AUGGAGGACUACCUGCAGGGCUGUUGAACUACCCUGCACAAGUCCCGACCUCUACAUGUUGUGCUGGGAAAUGAAGCCUGUAAUUUGGACUCCAUGGUGUCUGCUCUUGCCCUGCUUUUUACCUGGCAAAGACAACUGAGGCAGAAGGAAGUCUUUGUGCCAGUUUUAAAUAUAGAACAUUCUGAGCUACCUCUGCAAGGUGGCACCAUCUUCCUUCUUCUUAAGGUUCAUAUUCCAGAGACUAUCUUGGUUUUUUGGGAUGAAGUUGACCUCCAUGCAUUGCUCCAGGCUGGCUAACUCACCCUCAUCCUUGUCGACCAUCAUAUCUUACCUAAAAACAUCAUCCUGGACUGUGUCAACAUGGACCUUAAAAUUGGAAAUGCAACCCUUAAAGAUAGCAAAUAUGUGGCGAAGCUAGAGGUCCUCUUCCCAGAUCUACCCAAGAGAAAUGAUAUCUUUGAUUCCCUACAAAAGGCAAAGUUCAAUGUAUCAGGACUGACCACUGAGCAGAUGCUGAGAAAGGACCAGAAGACCAUUUCUGGACAAGGCAUCAAGGUGGCCAUUCGUGCAAUCUAUAUGGAUUUGGAGGCCUUACUGCCGAGGUCUGACCUCCUUGCAGAUCCCCAUGCUUUCUGCCAGGCUCGCAGCUAUGAUGUCCUGAUUGCCAUGACUAUCUUUUCCAACACUCACAACGAGCCAGUGCGGUGAUUGGCAUUUUGUCUCCACGUGGUGCUCCGAACAACGGUCUGUGAAGUCCUGGAAUGCUCCCACUCUCCGUCCCUGAAGCUGACCCCUGACCUAGGUAUCUCUAACCUUCAAGCCCAUCUUCAAGGCAACACCCAGGUCUCUUGAAAGAAACUUCUGCCUCUGCUCCAGGAAGCCCUGUCAGCAUAUUUUGACUCCAUGAAGAUCCCUUUAGGACAGCCUGAGACAGUGGGUGUGUCCAGGGAGCAGGUGGAUAAGGAAUUGGACAGGGCAAAUAACUCCCUGAUUCCUGGACUGAGUCAAGAUGAGGAGGACCCUCUGCUGCCUCCCAUGUCCAUGAACAGCCUGGUGGAUGAGUGUUCUCUGGAACAGGUGCCUAAACUCUCCACUGAGGCCGUCCUUGAGAAGUGCAGUGAGAUCUCACUGUCACAGUCUACCACUGCCUCCCUGUCCAGGAAAUGA